AUGUCUACCCCCGAAUGGAUCCGCUACGGCGUGCCCACUCUUGACCGUCCCUUCGGUCUCGAGCUGUGGCCCAUCUUCGAGAAGGCUUUCACCUCGCUCAAGGGCUACAAGCCCCAGGACUUCCGCUUCGUUCCUGGAAAGACCCCCAUGGCUACCUUCAAGGAGACGGCCACCAUGCUCAUUGCCUACUACAUCAUCAUCUUUGGUGGCAGAGAGUUCAUGCGUGGUCGCGAGCCUUUCAAGCUCAACUUCUUCUUCAAGGUCCACAACUUUUACUUGACCCUCAUCAGUGGUCUUCUCCUGGUUCUGUUCGUCGAGCAGCUCCUGCCCGAAAUUGUCAGAAACGGCAUUUUCCACGCUGUCUGCGCCUACGAGGGUGGCUGGACCGACAAGCUUGUUGUUCUUUACUACUACCUCGAGCUGAUUGACACCUGCUUCCUUUUCCUCAAGAAGAAGCCCUUGACUUUCCUCCACACUUACCACCAUGGUGCCACUGCCCUUCUCUGCUUCACCCAGCUUCUCGGCCACACCGCAGUCUCAUGGGUUCCCAUCACCCUGAACCUGACUGUCCACGUUGUCAUGUACUGGUACUACUUCCAGGCCGCACGUGGCAUUCGCAUCUGGUGGAAGAAGUACAUCACUGUCAUGCAAAUCACCCAGUUUGUCAUCGACCUUGGCUUUGUCUACUUCGCCUCGUACACCUACUUCACUUUCAGAUACUUCCCCAGCAUGCCCAACAUGGGUAUCUGCGCCGGUGAGGAAUUCGCCGCUUUCGCUGGUAUGGCCAUUCUCAGCUCCUACCUCCUCCUCUUCNNCCUCUCCUUCUACGCCGCAACCUACAAGAAGCCCACAAAGAAGGGCCGCAACCGUGCCACCAGCGCCCUGGUUGAGAUGAAGGAUGAGAAGGUCCCCACUGUUGGCGAGGCUAGAAGACGUUUCAGUGGUGGUGAGGCUCACUUCACUGGUCGUGACGCUCCCACUCCCAACGGCCGCGUCACCAGAAGCCGUAAGGCAUAG